AUGUCCACCACAUCAUACCAACUCAGAACUACCACCGAGAUCAUGACCGAUCUAUCCGAACAUGCCUGGCGCGUAAUCGGCAUCUUCGUCGAACCACUACCUCAACCUCAACCAGUCAUUGAAGAGAUUCCCCCACCCGCACCAGUAUCAGUCAUCCUAUCACCGUACGAACAAGCUUGGCAGACUGCGCGAGAAUGGAUGGACUCUGAAGAUGCACCAUUCAUCAUGCUAGCAUCUGUCCUUGCUGUCUUCUGCUUCGUCAUCUGCAUCCUGAGCUACCACCUCAACAACACCGGAAGCCGGCUGCGCAGCUUGGAAAGCCUAGUCGCUCAUCUUCAAGCUCACGUUGCGAACCUUAAGGCUGGACAUCAACCACAGCCAGACGAUACCCCUGAUAGCUCAGAACCAGAACCGCACCCAGAUUCAGAAUCAACCCCACAGCCAGAGCCAGUGGACGAAGACGCAGCCAACAACCAGCCUCAAUACGAAUUUCUCAAAGACCACUACAUUCAAUGGGACUUUGUCGACACCUGGCGCGAAAUUGUUCUGGACACCUUCACCGACUACUCCAAAUGCAAGUUUUCCCUUGUCCUCCCGUCCCCGACGACCUUAAUGGAGGUGUCUGCCCUGGACCUGAGUGUCACAUCCAGUCCGGUCCCUUGCCGAUAG